AUGCAAUUCUUGCCCCUCCUCGAUGAACACACCAAGGGCACCACUCCCGUCACACCGCUUAUGCUACUACCCCCCUUUCGCUUCUACACAUUGGCAAAGCUACUUCCCUACCGGGCUAGGAGUCAUCAUCCACAAUCCCUGUCGCAAUUCAUGAUCCCAUACAUAAUCAGUGAUCGCGUCACACCAACAACUAGCCACACCUAA